AUGGCCUUUUGCCCAUGGCCCGUCCAGCCUUGCUCUUCUUCCGCCUGGCGGACUUCCUGCGGGGAGUCGAUGGGACCUUGUCCGCGCUCUUGUCGGUCUUUUUUUGGACGCGCCGCGCGGUAUUUGACGCAGCGGGGUGUGGAGCGUCUACAGCGGAAGGUGAAAAGCCACCGGAAGAGCCGGAAACGCGCUUUCCACCUCCCCUGGAUUGCAUCCGACGUCUACUGUGCGUUCUGCGCGGGGGAGCAGGAGGUGGAAGCGGUGGCCGAAUCCUCAGAAGGGCAGCGCACUUUCUUGGAUUCUUUGCUUCCAGCUCUUCGUGCCGCUGGAAAGAACAUCCACCCAAAGACGGAGGAUCAAGAAGGGGAGCUGUGUCUUCCACUGUAUGACGAUGAAGAUGAUCUGGAAUUGAGCCAUUUACUUGCUUGGGGUCGACAAAGCAGCAUCGGCAGCGAGCAGGAGGACGACGAGAUAGACAUGGGAGACCAGGAGGACGUCCACGUGCCCUGGGAUGCCAUUGCCACUGCAGCACAAGAAGGCGCACGAGCGACAGCCAGCAUGAAGUCCACGCCUUGCUAUGGCGGAUUUCUGGGCGACUGUGAUUUUUGCGAUGGCGGUGCCAUGGUUGUCGCCAUUGUGCUCACUGCCAUGGCGGGGCCCAGUGAAGGACUGUUACAGGUCACCAAAGAUGAAGAAGUCAAGCAGGUUCUGGACAUUGGCGAGGCCAUCGGGCGUGGCUCCUUUGGCACCGUGCACAGUGCGAAGCUAUGUGGUAAAGGUGAUCAUCCUCAAGUGGCAGUCAAGAUCAGCAAACGCUCCAAGGAGAGCGGGCCCCGGAGCUUCGGGGAUUUGGAUUGCUUAGAUCGGCGGAUCGUGUCAAAUUGGCUGUUCAUGAACAAGCCCAACGUGACCCACGUGUAUCAGGUCUUGGUGAGUCCAACGUUCCUCUACGUGGUCAUGGAGCAUUUGGAUGGGCCCGACCUCUCGGACUGGAUGCUCUCCGAGGAGGGCCAAGGAAGAAGCGAGCUUUCAGCCAUGAGGAUCCUUUACGAAAUUCUGCAAGCAGCCCGUGAAGUCCAUCGUCAUGGCUUUGUACACAGAGAUUUGAAGUUCGACAACUUUCGCUUUGCCCAUGGCCCCAAGAGUGAGUUGAAGUUGGUGGACGUGGUCGGGACUAUGUGCUUUAGACCUGACCGCUUGGUGGCAAAGAGUUGGUGCGGCACCGGGCCCUUCUUGAGUCCAGAAGCAUUGCUGGGCGAUGUGAGUCCCGCAGUGGAUAUGUGGGCGAUCGGCGUCAUGGCCUUUACCAUCCUCAGCGGCGAUUUGCCCUUCCAGGCAGAUUCCCUGUCCGAGCUGCGGGAAGCCCAUGCGCAUCCGCUGGAGACGGAGCACAUCUUCAGCCACGUGUCACCCAAGGUGAAGUCGUUGGUGAUGCAGCUCUUGGAUCCAGAUCAGGAGAAGCGGCUGACUGUGGACCAGGCGUUGGAGCUGUUUGAGAUCGGCGACGGGCUCCUAUGCUCCGACAGCCAUGGUCGUCUGCCCUUAGCCAAGAUUCAACGCGUGCGGAGCCAAUCUUGGAGCUUUUGCCCAGACAUGAAGCCACCAGAGGUGAAGACUUUGUACCUCAUCCGUCACGGAGAAGCAGUGCACAACAUCCAAGAAAGGCAAGCGACACAAAGCGCCAAAGCGCAGGCCAUGAUGGAAGGCUUAACGCCGAGCUCCAAGGAGUUCCAACAGCGGGUGGAAGCCGCCAGGCGACAGGUGCUUUUGGAUGAGACCUUGCAUGAUGCAGCCUUAUCCCCCAGCGGCAAGAUGCAAGCUUUGGAUGCAUUGGCGGAGAUCAAGAGGCUGACCAUGCAGGGCUAUCCACAACCCACGGCCAUCUAUGUCUCUCCUUUGCAGCGGACCUUGCAGACGGCAGCCAUCCUUUUCCCAGAACACCCUGGGAUCCAUGUCCGGGAGGAGCUGCGGGAGCGGCGUACCGGGCUGCCCUGCGACGAGCGGCAGCGGGCGGACCUGGUGGCCAUGCGGCAGACCUUCAACUUCAUGUCUUUCGACGAACUGAGGAGUCACGACCGCCACUUUCGACGGGCACUCAAACUGGCUGAGACGCAGGAGGACAAGGAGGAGCUUCGCGGUCGCACUGCCCUUUUGGAGGCUUUGAUGAGGGAUCAGGUGGAUUGCCGCAGUAUGGCCGUGGUGACGCACAAGGGUUACUUGCGGGAGUUAGAACGAGGCCCGCUACAGAACCCGGAAGCGAAGGAGUUCGGCAACUGCGAGGUUCGUGUCUACCAGGUCACCUUGCCUGCUGAAGGCGGCAUGAUGGCCAAGAAGCUGCAUGGAUGA